GAGGGUACUUCUCGAACUUUCUGCGCGGAUAGAAAAAGCGCGCGGGCGCCAGGCGCGCCCUGCUUCCCGCGGAGUUUGUGCGUGUCCGUGACUACAGCCGCGUGAGACUUAGUUAGGCGACUAGCUGACUGAGUAAGUAAGUAGGUGAGUGACUGACUAUGGGGAAGGACUACUACAGCGCGCUGGGCAUCUCCAGGGGCGCCUCCGAGGAGGAGAUCAAGAAGGCGUAUCGUAAGCAGGCGCUGCGCUACCACCCCGACAAGAACAAGUCGCCGGACGCUGAGGAGAAGUUCAAGGAGGUGGCCGAGGCCUACGACGUGCUCAGCGACCCCAAGAAGAAAGACGUUUACGACCGCUACGGCGAGGAAGGGCUGAAGGGAGGUGCCUCUGGUGCAGGUGGCACCAACUUCAACUACACCUUCCAUGGAGACCCCCAUGCCAUGUUUGCAGAGUUCUUUGGGGGCCGCAGCCCCUUUGACAUCUUCUUUUCCCGCAACGGCGGCACGGAUGAUGACAUGGACAUCGAUGACCCAUUUGCGAACUUUGGCAUGGGUGGCUUCGGCCGAUCAUUUAGCGGGCGGCCAGGGGGCAUCAGCGGUGGCUUACAGAAGAAACAAGACCCCCCUGUUGUUCAUGACCUCCAAGUGAGCCUGGAGGAGGUCUUCUCGGGUUGCACAAAAAAGAUGAAGAUCUCUCACCGGCGGCUUAACCCCGAUGGCCGCACCACACGCACCGAGGACAAGAUCCUCACGGUGGAGAUAAAGCGUGGCUGGAAGGAGGGCACAAAGAUCACCUUCCCCAGAGAGGGUGACGAGACGCCCACCAACAUCCCGGCUGACAUCGUGUUCGUGGUCAAGGACAAGCCGCACAAGGUCUUCAAGAGGGACGGCUCUGACAUCAUCUACCCAGCAAAGAUUUCUCUCAGAGAUGCACUAUGUGGCUGCACAGUCAAAGCUCUCACUCUGGAUGGCCGGACGGUCACUGUAACGAUGCAGGACAUUGUGCGCCCAGGGAUGAAGAGGCGGGUCACAGGGGAAGGACUGCCCUUGCCAAAAUGUCCUGAGAAGCGAGGUGACCUGGUGGUGGAGUUUGAGGUGAAGUUCCCUGACAAGCUGAGCCAAAGCGCCCGCGAGUCGCUGAGCCGCGUGCUGCCAGCUUGAACGUGGACUGCAGUGUGUGGAUGGUUUUAUUUGGAAAUGUAGUCCAGACCCACUGCAGGGCCCUGUGACCUGGGGGCUGCAACUCAGACUCUAACAAAGCCUCUGAGCUCAGGCAUUAAAUAUUGGAAAUGCCGUAUAUGACUAUAUAAUUUACGACUCCUCUCUUAGUCUAUGCAUUGUCUCAAGACUUGAGAAUUCCCCACAACCUGUCUCCAAGAUGAGCUUCCUGCUGAUGGAGCUGUGUAAACAGCUGAAAGCAUGGUUAGCUUUUGCUUUUCUUGUUGCUGCAGAUGUGCAUACUUUUUUUUUUUUUUUUUCUCUUCCCCCCCCUGCUGUUUUCCUGUUUGACAAGGUUAGUAUUACUCCAAGUGGGACUUUGUCAUUUUACACCCUGCUGCAUGAGCGGGUGUUUCCAGGUAGAUCAUGGAGUGUCUAAGGACAGUAAUCACUGCCGUGGCCUCUUACGGGAAGCCGCAGUUCAGGUGAACAUCUCUCUGUUACCUGUGUGGGGAAAUGGAGUCUGCUGCUUAACACCUCUUCCAAGAUCCCAGGGGUUUAUCACAGUUCUGUGUAUCCUCUGUGAGAACUGAGUGGAUGUUGGCGGUAUAACCUCUCACCAGGUGUACAUUGGUGUCCAUCUUCAUGUAUUGUUAAUGCUUCGCUUAUCUUGGAUGAUGUUGACAUCACCUUGACUGGGGACUAAAUCCUUGCAGAUGGUGCUGGGGCCCAGUCAGUUCAACUUGCUCCCCUCCAGGCAACUGCAUGUGCAUUGUGUUGCAUGACUCAACAUGUGUAGUGAGGUGACAGCUUGUCAUGACUCAUCCCAUUCAUGCAUCACGUGGACAUGUAGGUGUCUUCUUGUAAAGUUUCUGGGUUGGAGGGAACAGAACACUUCUUCUUUGUAAGCAAUUUAUUUUUGCACUUAUGUAGAAACUUGUUUUGGGGGGGUUGGUUAAAGCACUCAGUUACAUAGUGGACCAAUGUUUGUAUAUAAUGCUACUAUUUGGGACAGAUUCUGUCCCAUAGAAGUGUAAUUUGGAGUGAUAACUAUAUGGGUAUGUAAGCUAAUGGACUUUUGAACUUGUUUGGUAUUCCAGCAAUGGGAAGAGAACUUUCCAGUAUAUAUAUAUAUAUAUAUAUUUUUUUUUUUUUUUUUAUAAAUAAACAGAUGGGUUCAUAUGCCUGUGGUGACCUGCUUUAGUUCCAGUACCAUUCCUUACCAUUAUAGAAGGUGAAAAAGAUUGUGUCCAGAUCCUGAUCUGGACUCCUCCACAAAAUGUUUAGCAGGUUUUUGUACUUGCUCUAAAAACUCAAUGUAUCCCAAGGGUUUUAACUGCUAAUGGACAAGCAACAGCCAUUCUGGAAAUUUUCAUGUUGUAACUUGUAAAUUUGGCAAUGGUCACACAUGGGUUUUCAUUAGUUUUUUUUUUUCUAGAAAUAAAGAGUAAUAAAGAAUGUUGUCUGGUCUUUUUAAUACCAGAAGGUUUAUCAUUAGAGCUGUUUAAUGUGAUGUGGCCCAAAAACCUUAAUCAGAACUGUUGGUAGUGUAGUGGUUACAGCUGCUGCCUUUUAAACCAAAGGGUUGAGGUUCUAGCCUCACCUCCAGCUGUAGUACCAUGGAGCAAGGUUCUUACCUGAAAUUGCUUCAGUGAAAUUACC